CCGUCGUAUCCCAUUGAUGUAAUCCGCGUCAUCGACCGAGUCACUCACUCUCCCAAAGAGUUGUCCAUUUCUCUUCAUCUCCUCCGCCAAGCAGCGAAAAGUUUCUUCUUAGCCAUUAAAAUUUACGAGAAUGGAUGGGAAUGGUUCUGAAGAUAAGAAACAGGACAAUGCUGAUAUGGCAGCUUUUGUCCAGAGUCUACUUGAACAGAUGCAAUCGAGGUUUCAAACAAUGUCCGACUCCAUCAUUACGAAGAUUGAUGAGAUGGGCAGCAGGAUAGAUGAGCUAGAGCAAAGCAUCAAUGAUCUCCGAACAGAGAUGGAUGGAGAGACAUCCCCUUCUCCUUCAGUUCCUACUGGGCCAAAGGACGAUUCCAAGUCAACCAAAGAUCCCUAAUACAGUAAAUCCGGCGUUGACAUCAUGGUAUUUCUAGACCCUGUAUUUCUUUUGAUGCCUGUCUUUUCUCAUAUGUAAAAUCUGUAACAAACAGGCACAUAUACCUUAUAUUUGUACCUAAUGCCUCGUCUAAUUUGUA